AUGGAGAGGUCCGGUAAACUUGCUUUAGUAAUUGUAGUUAUUUCCAUGCUGGUUUCUUGCAACCCAACAGAAGCGUGGUACAAGCAAGUUUCCGGCCCAAGCUACUACUCGGUGGGCAGAGCUUCGGGUUUGCUGUCCGGGAUCCGGAGAUCACCAUAUGUUAGGAGGUCCGAGACCGAGUCGGACAGCGGAGAGUCUACCGUGAACAGCAUCCUCUCGGAACAGAGCAGUCGACUGAAUUCGGUUCUUAAAUCUAUGGUAAGAGGCUAUAUUUUACAUUACUCAUGUUCAAUUUAGCAAUGCGCAUUGGACGCAGGCACUUCCUGUGGUCCGUAAAUGUGCUUAAAGGUGCGUAAAAGUUAAACAUUGCACAGGGCACAGAACAUAAUUUUUUGGUAGACUACUAUUAUAUAUUUAAAACAGUUUAUUUCUGAGAGCACACCCUGAAACUGGAUCAUCAUGAAGGUCCAUUCAGCACAACCAAGUAGCCUACAGCCUCAUUUUACAGUCAAGUUUGGAAUAGAUUGGAAGAAAAAUACAAUACAUCAAAAGGACACAUUAGAAUAUCAGUUAAUAAGGUCAAAAAUUGUUAUUUUUGGGGGAAUGAAUCUCAAUCAACAAACAGGCACAGCAGGUCUUCAACAUCAAUUGACCUUCUCAUAAUUCGCUUAAUGUUGCAUUAUGUUCAUUACAGUGUUGAUUAAAAUGUCUUGUUUUUUUGCUGUUUCAGCCUAUUUGUAUCAAAGAUAUCACACCGAACCUGCAGAGCUGCGAACUUGUUCAGGAUGGCUCAAGCUUAUUUCAAUGUAAAGCAGACGUGUUCGUAUCGCUCGACUCAUUGGACUGUGUGGAAGCAUGA